AUGGCUCAAUGGAUAUGUGUUCUGCUCCUAGUGGUCGUCACUGCAGUUGUUACAUCCGGGUAUAACUCAUAUGGUGGUUACCCUCCAAAGAUUGCAAGGCCAGAUGUUUACAACAGUUACCCAGUACACAAUCAUGUAGUAAUACAUCAUAGAGGAGUAGUUGACCCGGGAUAUUACCGUCAUCCUGGAAUGGGGUCAUACCUAAAAAAGUACCAUGGAUUCAAAAUAAGACAUGGCAGAUUUUCUUACAAUGGAAUAGGUCAUACCCAUGGUGGACAUUAUGAAUCAAGAAAAUACUACAAAUUCCACAGUCACGGACAUGGUCACGGUUAUAGACACGGACAUGGUGACGGUUACAGUCACGGACUUAUACACGGUGUUUCUAACUAUAGUUAUUAUAAAAAAUAUCACAAAUUUAGAAUCCAGCAUCACAGAUUUUCCUAUGGAGGUAAAGCAUUUAAACUGACAUGUCAUAGAAAGCGAUUCUUUAAAUUGUGGAACGAUUGUUUUACUCACCAUCAUAGUAGAAGUUACUGUUUUGGAUUUUUAAGAAAACAACAUCUCUUUGUCACUUAUGGAGCAGGUCAUCACGGAUACACAUCUCAUGGUGCUGGAUAUGGACAUGGUCAAGGAUAUCAUGGACAAAAUAACAUCUACAAACAUUUAAACUUGCACAAGAAGAUAGACACUCACCAUGUUCAACGAAUCCAUCAUACAGCCAACAGUCAUGUAUCUGCAAUAUCUCACCUAUCCAACAUACACGUGCGAAACAUCCAAUACGAGGCUAACAAACACGUGAGCAGAAUUUCAGACGAGGCUAACAAACACAUUAAUAAGUUCAGACAACUGGUAAAUCAUCAUAUCAACAGACUUCACAAACAGGCAAAACAUCAUCUGUCUGCAGUUGAUUAUCAACAUAAAAGACAUUUGAGUGAAAGUGAAUAUCAGAAAAAACGACAUCUGGCAAAAAAGGAACACCUCCAUAAGAAACAUGAAUAUUAUUUAAGUAAACAUCAUAGCAUGGUUGAUUAUGGUUAUGACCAAGGACACGUAGUUACCUACCUUGAUUACUACAAAAAGUACCAUGGAUUCAGAAUUGAUCAUGACAGAUUUUCAUAUGGUGGAAAAGCAUACACGCUGAAAUGUGAAAGUAAGCAAUUCUACAGUCUUUGGAGUGAUUGCUGGUCUCAGUAUCAUAGCAGGAGUACCUGUUUUGCAAACUUGAGGAAACAACAUCUCUUUAUUGACUACCCUGGAGAUCAUGCAGAUCCUUACACACCGACAAAGAUUGUACUGGAGGCGGGGGACGAUUAUGAGUACAAAAAAUAAGGGACUACUUAAAUGAGAAUGAACAAUGACGAGUACGCUGAUUAUAAAUAAAUUUAUUUCAACCAA